AGACCAUAAAGCAAUCACUUAGACAGAUCUGCGAGUAUAUUUUCAAAGUAUUUGUAUCGAUUUCUCGUUUCUCGUUCUGCAAUUCCUCCAUCUUCUCUUCGGUGAGAGCUCUUCAGCUCUAAGAUCUUGGUGGGCAGCAAGUUGCUGCGGGACAAGGAUUCUAACAUGCACUCUUUGCUAAUCGCCGAGAUCCAGUCGCACAUUGCGAUAGGCCAUUCAGCCCAUUACUGUAUCUUUUGAUGAUGUGCCUGCUAAUCAUUCAUGACCUGACGGAUCAUGAGGACAAACGUGGGUGGUAGUCCUAGGCAGUUCAAAGUUUCACUUGGCCUGCAUGUUCGGCACAAGCAUAGAAGAACUAGGACAACGGCAGAGGAGAACAAGGCACUCGAUGUUCGUCUAUUACGAAAUCCUCCCGGCAGAGCGGUUGUUCCAUACAGCCCCAAGACUGAAUUGGAAGAUUCAAACCUCCGGUUCUUGAUUUACCACUUUGUUACGGUAGUUUCUGCAUCGAGCGUCACAAACGUUGGUCCCCGAUUCGAAUGGUUUCCCCUUGCUGUCAGGGAUGAAGCGUUCUUCCAUGCUGUCAUCUCCUCGACGUCCAGCCAUGCUGCAUACCUACAGCAAGUCGAACUUCCUGCGAACUUCUACUUCCAUCGUGGUACAGCGAUUCGACUAUUGAAUAGGAGGAUUGAAAGAGGAGCACACGAUGAAGGGACAAUAAACACCGUUGCAGUAUUCUCUCAGCAAGAAAGUUUCGAGGGACGGGCCGAGACAGCGUUGACGCACGUCCACGGCUUACUGUCUAUCGUGUCGGCCGCUGGAGGCCCCCAUUCUGAGAAGCUUAGCCCGCACACCCGCAGGCAUAUCUACCUAACCGAUCUUGCAGCAUGCAUAGCCUUGAAGAGCAAGCCACUUCUGACCCCGGCGUUGGAUGUCUCAAAUCCUGAGAAGUAUUUCCGGAAGCCAAGUGUAUUGACUGCAUCCCACGCAAGGACGUUUGGAGCCCGACUUUAUAAUUACACCAACUCAACACUUUCUGACCACGCAGUAAACGUGCUUUGGGGUCUCCGGAAUGUUUCCAAAAUACUGGAAGCCAUUCGCAAUGGCACGGAGCAGCUUGACACUCCUUCGGCAACCGACAUUCAGUUUACUGAUCGAGUCGAAGUCCUAGAACGUCUGGUCCAUCCACUCUGGUAUAUCGAGAAUCCAGCGUCACCACAGCAUCCUAUCUUUCAAACCUUUGGAUGGACAUGUUGUAUUUAUAUCUACACAAUUUUGCGGGAAUUGCCCAAAGAACUUGGCAUGAACAUCAUGCUUGCAAAUCGGAUCAAAACUACCCUCGAAGCCUGUCAAGAUCUCAAUGUACUCCUUGCAACAUUUCAAGAUCUCCUGCUGUGGCAAAUGUUUAUUUGUGGUCGAGUCGCAGACUUCAGGGACCGUCCUUUUUUCGUCCAACAAGCAACCAAAAUACUAAUGAUACGCAAGAUUGAAAAUCCGGAGGAGAUUAUGGCUGUCACAACAGCUUUUCUUUGGCCUGAAAGAUAUGAGGGUUUUCGGAGCGAGGUUAAUGAUGAAUUUGGUGCUGAAGCAGGAAAUUCAGAUUUUAGUGAAGGGGUCGAAGAAUAUAACUGAUACCCAAUACUUGAUAUGCAAUUGGAAGCCCUUAAUUAUUGUCUCACUCAUACACUUCCUUGCUAUGGAUUGAUAAGGC